AUGUCUUCUACUGAAGAAGAGACACAGGUUACAAGCCCCAAAGACACAGAACAGGAGAACUGGUGUGUCAUCAAAAAGGUAGCUGAGCUGCCCUUGGUCAGCUCUACCUACGAGAUGGUUUCUUCAACUUACACAUCUGCCAAGGAGUCCCAUCCAGCAAUCCAAGCUGUCUGUGAUAUGGCAGAGGUGGGAGUCAAGUCUAUUGCUACUUCUGCAGUGAGUGGUGCCCAGCCUCUUCUGGAUAAAUUUGAGCCUCAAAUUGCUGCUGCCAACAACAUUGCUUGUAAGAGCCUUGACAAGCUGCAGGAGACUGUGGAAAAGGUGGUAUCAGAUGCCAAAGGCCUGGUUUCAGAGUCCUUAGGACCUGUUUAUACUAAAGUCACAGAAGCUGCCCAGGGAAGCUUGGAGAUGGCCCGGACUACAGUGAUGAGUGGAGUGAACACCAUGAUGGAGACAAGCAUGGGACAGAUGGUGGCUGAAGGUGUUGACCACAUGCUAGAGAAAUCAGAUGAACUCAUAGAAAACUAUCUCCCCAUAACAGAUACAGAGCUGGCUGCCCUUGCGGCCUCUGUGGCACUAGAUGAGCAGGCCGUGGUCGCGCCCCUUCAAGUGCAGCAAGAGGAACAGAGCUACUAUGUGCGUCUGGGCUCCCUCUCGGCCAAGCUUCGUUCCCGAGCCUACCAGCACUCCCUGGAAAAGCUGCGGACAGUCAAGCUAGCUGCUGAGGAUAUACUCUUCCACCUUGAACAAACCAUGUUUUUGAUGAAGUAUCUCAAAGGGAGGCUGGAUUCAAAAGUUCAUAAUGGCCAGGAGAUGCUGUUGCGGAUGUGGAAGCAGUGGUACCGUGGUCCAGCAGGACAGAACCAGACUGGUGAACUGACUCGGACAGAGAUGGAAUCCCAGGCUCUGAAUGUGUCCCAGAACGUUGCGCAGCAGAUGCAGGCUGUCUGCAAGAACCUCCUGUCUAACAUGCAAGGCCUCCCUGAUGCCCUCAAAGAAAAGGUUCAGAUAGCUCAUGAUGACAUGAAGGAGUUGCAGGUUGCCCUCUCCAGCACCAAAUCUAUCCAAGACCUUCCUGGUGGCGUCCUGAACCAGAGCCCAGAGAAGAUUGACAAGGCGCAAGAAGCUGUACAUGAGGUCAUGGAGUAUGUGACGAAGAACACUCCCCUCAACUGGGUCGUUGGGCCCUUUGCUCCUGCUGGUUCUCCUGCAGCAGAGUUACCAAAACCGGAAGAGGAGGCCAAGGUGGAUGCCUAA